AAAGCGAGUGUGACAUUACGACACUAACUUCAGUGCAAGUCACCCUCAACUUCGUCGUUGCUGUUAUCUUUUCUUAUCCUCCCCUUCCUCCACACCCGAUGGUAUUCUGCCACGCGCUUCUCUCUUCCUAACCCUUCCUCUCUCUCUCUCUCUCUCUCUCUCUCUCUCCAGACCUCACUUCCUCAUGAUAACCCAAGUGGGAGGGAGCACGACAAGCCUUUUGCUUUAGCCACCAACACUGACAUGUGACAGUCGAACUUGUGCAAAGAACGCAGUGAAUGAUGCGGGUUAAACAUUUUUCAUUUCUUUUCGUUUUCAUUUUGCCGUGCGUGAGUGAACCCCCCUCGAGUGACACCCUCGACGACGCCGAUGAAAAUUUCGCGACGUCGAACCUCCCUUUCCGACAUGAACUGGAAGACGUGGCCAGAGGCUUCCGGGAGAAGCUCCGCGAGGAGCUGUCCAAGCUGGAGAUGGAAAUGUACGAGGAGUUCUUGAAGCUCCUUCAGGACAUCGACAAAGCGCAGGGGAACCUCACGGAAAAGCUGACGGAGGAGCUCUCGCGGAAGGUCGUUGACGUGAUGAGCAAGUUCGAGAAAGUGAUGGCUUACUCGACCGAAAGAACGGAGGUUCUCAACGACAAGAUGAAAGCGCUGUUCGCUACUCUCGCGGAAUGGGCAGAACACGGUCGCCCCACGAUUGCGCCUCCCGACCGUCAAAAAACGUCCGUCAAACGCAGACGAAAAGUCAGACGGGACAAUACUGACAGAUCGAAGCGCCACACGGGUCUCUUGGCGCCCGAGGACGAACUGCUUCUACGGGAUGUCUCGGCGGUCAAGAAACUGCUCGAAUUAGAUCCAGAGGACUUCCCCAUCAUGGAGGGUAUGGACGACAUGGACGCUUUUCUCGAUCGAUCGGUUGACUUCGACGGGGACCUGGAGGUCGACGAUUCGGACUAUGUUCUACGAGAGUUCGUCCCGGGCACCAAGAGUAAGUUCAUCCUGAAGCGCGAACCGUUACGAGCGCAGCAACCAGAUGCUCCCGCAAAAAGCGUCCUCCCAAGAAACUGCUACGAUCUCCUGAAGGAAGGAAAUACGCAAAAUGGCGUUUACUUCAUCUACCCAUCAGGUAAUGGUGCAGCCACAGAGGUAUGGUGUAACCAGGAGUCCGACGGGGGUGGCUGGACGACGAUAGUGAAUCGGCGGAAUGGUUCAGCCCAUCCAGUGAACUUCAACGUAACUUCCGACCUUUACGACAAAGGGUUUGGCCAUCCAUCGUCUAAUCACUGGAUAGGUCUUGAAGUGAUGCAUAUGCUCACACAAGGGAGGUCUUACAAGCUGAGAGUGGUUCUUCAGGAUGCCAAGGGGAAUAGCACCUUCGCUUCUUAUGGAAUAUUCAGAGUUGGCAGCAAGGUCGAAAACUACACUUUAGAGGUCGAGGAUUACGAUACGAACAGCACUGCUGAUGACGCCUUUUCCAUUCACUCUGGAAGACCCUUUGUCUGUUCUAUUCCUGACUCCGGUGAAGGUUGCAGCCGUAACCUGGGCGUCGGUUGGUGGUACCUGGAAUAUCCCCUGUGCUUCCAGGCUCUGGCCACAGGACAGUUCCAGCUAACCGGUGACGACGAGAAAAAGACCUCUGCUGCAUCUGCCGGCCUGGAAUGGACGGCCUGGAAAGGAAACGACGUCUCCCUUCUCUCAAUGGCGUUUAUGAUCCGUCCAGUAUCAGCAUAGAAUUUUUUUUUUUUUUUUUUCAAGUUAAAUAAUCGAAAUUUACGUUUUUUCAACAUUUCGGAAAAUAAUUUUGCGAGUUUUUUUUAUUUUUAGAAAAUCUGCUGCUUUGAUCAUGGAUCCCGAAAAAGAAAGUAACAAAGUUUAGGUACUCAAGACUUCGAUGGAAAUGAAAGUACCGGAAGUCAUAAUAAUCAAGAUUCCGUGAGAAAAGUAACAAUAGACAUGAAUCAAGGGUUACGAUGAGAUGAAAGUGCCCAAAAUAUCAUUCAGUGCUUCUGAAGAAACAGAGGCACCAAGAUCUUCAGUGGAGUAAAGCGAUUUUGCUUUGUAGUGUGCACUUGUAGGAGACACUGUGAAUCAACGUCCAUAUAAAAUGAAUAAAAUCUCUGAUAUCUCA